AUGGUUGAUAUUUGGGAAGAUCUACGAAAACGUGCACGCCAGUUGGAGAAUCAUAUCGAUGUAAAGCUUUUGGCAUUGAAUAAACUCGCUUCGUCAUCAACAACUCAGUCAUCAAGUCGUUAUGAUGCAUCGGCAAAUGAUACGUCUUCGAAUGUGAGCAGUAAGCAAAGUGCUUUCCAUUCGUUGUCUGCCGAAUUAGAAGCGAUGAUCGCAAAACUUACACAGAUCAACGAUCAGGUGCAUUCGUUUAUUCGUCAUUCGUUUACUGACUGCUUUCAUAAGGUCCCAUUCUUCGAGUGA